AUGGCGGAAAGGAUUUAUCCGGCAGCAAAACCGGCAACAAAUCCAACACCAACACAACCGCUAAACGGAAAUACGAACGGGAACCAUGCAAAUGUGAUGAGCGGAAACGGAGGAGUAAAUCAAAUCUUCCCACCACCAAAAUCACAACUCUACGGAGCAAAUCGACCAACAUACCGUCCGUUACCAAGACAUCACCGUCGACGGAGAAACUACUGCUGUUCUUGUUUCCUCUGGUCAACAUUCAUACUAAUCGGUAUUCUUCUCUUAGCUGCUAUUGCCGGUGGUGUAAUUUACUCAAUUUACCAACCUAAAAAGCCUUCAUUCUCUUUAACUGUUUUCAAAAUCACUCAAUUCAACAUCACAAAUUCAAAGUCAGAUGACUCAGCUCAUCUCAAUUCGAAACUGAAUCUCACAAUCUUAGCCACAAGUGAGAACAAAGAUAUGAUUUAUUAUUUCAAUCCGAUGAAUGUUUCUGUAACUCCACAGAAUCAUCCUGAUGUUGAGAUUGGUUCUGGUUCUGUUCCUGAUUUUAUUCUCGGUACGCAUAAUCGAACUUUACUGAGAUUUGGUAUGAGUGAUUCUGAUAUUCUGUUGCAAGAUCCAGCCACUGCAAAUUCUUUGAAAUCAGAUCUGAAGAAGAAGAAUGGAUUUCCGAUUAAGGUGAGGUUGAAUACUAAAGUUAAAGUGAAAAUGGGUGUGUUUAAUACUAGGAAAGUUGGCUUGCAGAUUACCUGUGAACAUAUUAAAAUUCUUUCUGAAACUAAAACUAUUACUCAAGUUAGUAAGGUUAAAGGAGGUAAGAAUACUACUAGUUCUGUUACUACUUGGAAUUUAGAUGGAAAGAGUUCUGUUAAUUGUAAGUUUAAUCUGAGAAUUAAGAUCUGGAAAUGGACUUUCUGA